UUUUUCGCUUUCAUCUCUAGGAAAUGAGAACAUCUCCUUUUCUGUAUUUUUCUAAUUUCUUAAUUAUUGUGAAAAUUCCCAUCACUGAAAGACCAACUUUUUGACAUUAAGUGUGGCAAUCUGCAGCAACUGUUAUGGACUUUGUGCAUCUGAUGGUACCUGAAACUCUCAUCUAAAACUUCUGCUUCUUCCUAUAGGUCUUAUUCUCAGACCACCUAGUCAUUUGCCGCUUCAUAAAGGUUUCUUGGUGGAAGUUUUGAGGGGAUUCUAAUAACUGUUUCUGGGGAAAAUGAGUGGAGCUGUGCUUGUUGCUAUUGCUGCUGCCAUUGGUAACUUACUGCAAGGAUGGGAUAAUGCAACCAUUGCAGGGGCUGUCUUGUACAUUAAGAGAGAGUUCAGUUUGGAAAGUGAACCCACUGUUGAAGGGCUAAUUGUGGCUAUGUCACUUAUUGGGGCCACUAUAAUUACUACAUGCUCUGGAGCCAUAUCUGAUUGGCUAGGCCGCCGUCCAAUGCUAAUAAUCUCAUCUAUCCUCUAUUUCAUUGGUGGUCUUGUAAUGCUAUGGUCUCCCAACGUUUAUGUCCUACUUCUAGCUAGGCUUUUGGAUGGAUUUGGAAUUGGUUUGGCGGUUACUCUGGUUCCAGUAUAUAUAUCUGAAACAGCGCCUCCUGAAAUAAGGGGGUUAUUAAAUACGCUUCCGCAGUUCACUGGUUGUGUUGGAAUGUUUUUCUCAUAUUGUAUGGUCUUUGGAAUGUCGUUGAAGGAUUCAGCAAGUUGGAGAUUGAUGCUUGGAGUUCUUUCUAUUCCCUCUCUCAUUUAUUUUGUGCUGACUGUAUUUUACUUGCCUGAGUCUCCAAGGUGGCUUGUGAGUAAAGGGCGGAUGCUUGAGGCUAAGAGGGUUCUGCAGAAGCUUCGUGGCAGGGAGGAUGUCUCUGGUGAGAUGGCUUUACUGGUUGAGGGACUUGGAGUUGGGUGUGAAACAUCUUUAGAGGAGUACAUUAUUGGUCCAGCCAAUGAAAUCGUUGAUGACCAGGACAUCUCUGCUGAUAAAGAUCAAAUCAAAUUAUAUGGGCCUGAAGAAGGUCUCUCUUGGGUUGCUAGACCAGUUACCGGACAAAGUUCUCUUGGUCUAGUGUCCAGGCAUGGAAGCAUGGCAAACCAGAGUGUGCCUCUAAUGGAUCCUCUUGUCACCCUGUUUGGUAGUGUGCAUGAGAAGCUCCCUGAUACCGGAAGCAUGCGAAGCACACUAUUCCCUCACUUUGGCAGCAUGUUCAGUGUGGGAGGGAAUCAAGUUAGAAAUGAGGAGUGGGAUGAGGAGAGCCUUGCUAGAGACGGUGAGGAGUAUGUAUCUGAUGCUGCUGGUGCUGAUUCUGAUGACAAUUUGCAUAGUCCAUUAAUAUCCCGUCAGACAACGAGCAUGGAGAAGGACUUGGUCCCGCAGGCCCAUGGAAGCCUUGCAAGCAUGAGACAUGGCAGUCAGGUGCAAGCUGGAGAGCCAGUAGGUAGCAUGGGAAUAGGUGGAGGUUGGCAGUUGGCAUGGAAAUGGUCUGAAAAAGAAGGCCAAGAUGGAAAGAAGGAAGGAGGAUUCAAAAGAAUUUAUUUGCAUCAAGAGGGUGCCCCUGGAUCUCGGCGUGGAUCUAUAGUUUCUCUCCCAGGUGCAGACAUACCUGCUGAAAAUGAAUUUAUCCAGGCUGCUGCUUUGGUUAGUCAACCAGCUCUUUAUUCCAAAGAACUCAUGGAACAGCAUCCAAUUGGACCAGCUAUGGUUCAUCCAUCCGAAAAAGCAGCACAAGGGCCAAGUUGGAGAGAACUAUUUGAACCAGGAGUCAAACAUGCAUUGGUUGUCGGGGUGGGAAUUCAAAUACUUCAGCAGUUCUCUGGCAUAAAUGGGGUUCUCUACUACACUCCUCAAAUUCUUGAGCAGGCAGGUGUUGGAAUUCUUCUUUCAAAUAUGGGCAUUAGUGCAGCUUCUGCUUCACUAAUGAUUAGUGGCAUCACAACCUUGUUGAUGAUUCCAUGCAUAGCUGUUGCCAUGAGGCUCAUGGAUCUUUCUGGCAGAAGGACUUUGCUGCUCACCACAAUCCCUAUAUUGAUAACAUCACUUGUCAUCCUGGUCCUUGGAAGUGUCAUAAAGAUGGGCUCUGUCGUGCAUGCAUCAAUCUCAACAGCCAGUGUUGUUAUAUACUUCUGUUGCUUCGUCAUGGGGUUCGGGCCAAUCCCUAACAUACUCUGUGCAGAAAUCUUCCCGACGAGAGUACGUGGGCUCUGCAUUGCCAUAUGUGCACUCACGUUUUGGAUUGGUGAUAUCAUCGUCACCUAUUCACUCCCAGUGCUGCUUAAAUCUGUCGGCCUUGCUGGUGUUUUUGGCAUGUAUGCAGUAGUUUGCGUCAUAUCAUUGGUGUUUGUCUUCUUGAAAGUCCCAGAAACAAAGGGCAUGCCCCUUGAAGUGAUUACUGAGUUCUUUGCUGUUGGUGCAAAACAGGCUGCUGCUGCCAAGAGCGACUGACUUGGUUAUUGAGGUUGAAAGUUUUGACAGAUGUUCAAAUUUUCCGGGUUCUAUUUGGGUUUUCUUUUAGGUAUUGAGAGGUUGAUUUUUGUAAAAAAGAAUUAUACAUUUUACCAUUAUUAUUAUCUUUUUUUUUUUUUUUUAAAUUGACAUUUUUUCCCUUGUGUGUGCAAUCUUUUAAUAAAUAGUUUAGUCAUUAAUGACCAAAAUGUCAUACUUUUCCAAGUUUAGAGAUAACACCUGUGAACAAGAAAAGAUUGAUAUUG